CCAACAUUUUUUUGAGCGUGGCGGCGCCGUGCUAUCGCACAAAGAUUGCGAAGCAAACUGAACCGUGCCUGAUUGUUGAUCAAUAUAGCAGGCAGCAUGACUAUAGCGAUCGGCUUUGAAGGGAGUGCAAACAAGUUGGGAGUUGGUAUAAUGCGCGAUGGCGAAGUUCUGUCGAAUCCACGAGUAACUUACAUUACUCCUCCAGGCGAAGGGUUCCAGCCAAGAGACACUGCUCUGCACCACCGAGCACACAUUUUAGAUGUUCUUGAAAAGGCACUGCAAGAGGCUAGCAUCACGCCAAAAGAAAUCGACGUCGUGUGCUACACUAAAGGACCUGGUAUGGGAGCUCCUUUGGUAUCUGUUGCCGUGGUUGCAAGAACAAUCGCGCAGCUAUGGAACAAGCCAAUCAUAGGUGUCAACCACUGCAUUGGUCACAUUGAAAUGGGGCGCCUAAUCACUGGAGCUUCCAACCCAACUGUACUAUAUGUCAGUGGCGGCAACACUCAGGUAAUAGCAUACAGUGAGAAGCGCUACAGGAUUUUUGGAGAGACUAUUGACAUUGCUGUUGGGAAUUGCCUAGACAGGUUUGCAAGAGUUCUGAAACUCUCAAAUGAUCCAAGUCCAGGCUACAACAUAGAGCAAAUGGCAAAAAAGGGCACUAAAUUGAUUCCACUCCCUUACGUUGUCAAAGGCAUGGAUGUCUCAUUUUCAGGAGUGCUUUCCUUCAUUGAGGAAAAGGCAGAGUCCCUUUUAAGUGAAGGCCAGUGCACAGCUGAAGACCUGUGUUUCUCUUUACAAGAGACUGUAUUUGCAAUGCUUGUUGAAACAACAGAAAGGGCUAUGGCUCACACUGGUUCCGAUGAAGUACUCAUUGUUGGUGGAGUUGGCUGUAAUAAAAGACUACAGGAAAUGAUGGGCAUCAUGGCUGAAGAGCGCAAUGCCAGGUUAUUUGCCACGGAUGAAAGAUUUUGCAUCGAUAAUGGAGCAAUGAUUGCUCAAGCUGGUUGGGAAAUGUUUCGAUCUGGGCAAGUAACGCCCUUUGAAGAAACAACCUGCACACAACGGUAUCGAACUGAUGAAGUGGAAGUGACAUGGAGAAACUGAUUUUUUAAUGUGUUCAUUUUAAAACUGCCAGGCCUGUGCAGAAUGCAGAGUACAGUCACAUCGAAAGCUAGAAGAGCGGCCGUUUUGGAACCUUUUUUAAACAAUCUUUGGGUGACUACCUACUACAGCUACACUUGCAGGGCACCAAAUUCACAAUAAAUCAUUGUAAUUUUUGUGUAGUAGGGAGGCAUUUGCCAUGCUAUUCUUCGGAGAAGCAUAGUACCCGCUAUGCACUUGCAAGGAAUGUGAAUAUUGUCGAUGCUGUAGCUGAUAACGAUUAAAAAUGAUGCCAGAGGCUUUUGUAAUGGGUUGGAACAUUUGACCACCCAGUCAUUAAAUAGCACUUUGCAUUGCGUGA